GUCGAUCGCUAGAAUUUAAGUCCAGACAAGGUUAAUCAGCACUUAUUCCCUGCUGCAAUCGCUAAGCAACAUGAAAGAUUGGUGCUUGGCAGGGCGUUGUAGUCCGUUGUGGGAGCUGUCUUUAGCCCAAUUCUUUGACAGAGCCAUUCACGAGCCAUUAAAACAGUUAUUAGCCCCUUAAUCAUGUACGGGCCAUUGCUAAAUGCCAUCAAUCAAAUGAAUUGAGAUUCCCCUCCCCCGCGAACUCCGAGGGACUCCUGUACUGCACAAACAAGAACUACCAAACCAAGUUUCCCGCGGCGGUGAUAAAUUAACUGCUCCGUCAAUGAUUGGCUAGAAGCCGCGCCUGCCUGUCAAAGUUCCCAAGGCGGCUGGGCCAAGGCGCAGGAAAAUGGCGAUUUUCGGUGCCCGGCUGCGAGGGGUCUUGUGCUGGGCUGGAUUGGGACUAUGCGGGAUAGUGCUGCUUCUGCUGGUCGCGAUGCUCCUCCGAGCCUAUGGAACGCGACCUUCCAGCCCGGCCAUAGGGCUGCGGGAAGAACAGGAGCGGCAGCGGCGAGUGGAAGCUGCCUUUAGCUCCCGCGAGUUGGAGGAACUGAAGGAGGUGCUCCAAGGUGCUGUCAGAAUACAAACAGUUUCCUUCUCACCAGAUAAUCAGAAUAUAACAGCCCUGGAAGAAUUUGAACCAUAUAUUUACAAAGCUUUUCCUGCAGUGUUUUCUACCUCAUUCAUUCAACAUGAAAUUAUCGGAGAUUACAGCCACCUAUUCACCAUCCAGGGAUCUAACCCUCAGUUACAGCCAUAUAUGCUGCUUGCACAUAUAGAUGUAGUCCCAGCAUACCCUGAUGGAUGGGAUGUCAGUGAUCCCUUUUCUGCUGAGGAACGUGAUGGAUUUAUAUAUGGAAGAGGAACACUAGAUAAUAAAAACUCAGUUAUGGGCAUUCUGCACGCUCUAGAGUUUUUACUGAGACGAAAUUACAGACCACAAAGAUCUUUCUAUAUAGGCCUUGGUCAUGAUGAAGAGGUGGGUGGCAAAAAAGGAGCAAUGAAAAUUGUGGCUGAGCUGGAAUCUAGAGGGGUACAACUUUCUUUUGUGCUUGAUGAAGGAAGCUUUAUUUUUGAUGGAGUCAUCCCUAAAAUAGAGAAACCAGUAGCUGUAAUAGGUAUCACAGAAAAGGGUGCACUUGAAGUAAAUCUCAGUGUAACAUCUCAAGUUGGCCAUUCUUCUGCACCCCCUAAGAGGACCAGCAUUGGUAUUCUUUCUGAAACAUUAUACAAAUUGGAAACGCAGCCUAUGCCCAAUUUGUUUGGUCAUGGACCUGAAAUCAUGAUGUUUGAACAACUGGUACCAGUGUUCAGCUUCCCCCUCAAUAUCAUCAUGGCAAAUCUGUGGCUCUUCGGACCUCUUGUUGGCUGGUUUCUUGAGCAAACUCCUGGCACUAAUGCUUUAGUUCGGACCACCACUGCAAUCACCAUGUUUCAUGCAGGAAUAAAGUCAAAUGUUAUUCCACCAAAAGCUGAUGCCACAGUGAAUUUCCGCGUCCACUCAUCACAAACCAUUGAGGAGGUCCUGGAAAUAUUAGACAAAACAAUUAAUGAUAAGAGAGUGAAGAUAGAAGUGAUGGAUACCUUUGAUCCACCCCCCACUAGCCCCUGGGAUGACCAGACCUUCGCUGUACGGGUCUUCCGCCAGACCACCCUGGAUGUUUUCCCAGAUGUUGCCAGUGUAGCUCCAGGCAUUUGUGUUGGAAACACUGAUAGCAGGCACUACAGCAGCCUCACAAAGGCUAUUUAUCGAUUUAACCCAGUAACCUUUAAAGCUGAUGAUUUGCCAAGAUUCCAUGGGCUGAAUGAAAGGAUCUCUAUGGAAGUUUAUGCAAAGCAAGUGGAAUUUUUCUUUCAACUAAUUCAAAAUUGUGAUUUGAACCAACCCACAAAGCCACAUGCAAACCUUCACGAGCUAUAGAAACAAGAAAAUAUAAAGAUUGCAGAGACUGACAGACGUGUCUUAGAGGAACACUGAGUAAAGUAAAAGGAAUCCAAAUAUAUUUUGAAGAGUCAAAACUGGAUGAAUUUCACUUCCACCAUAUGGGGAGAAAGAUAAAAAUGAAAAGGAGAUUAAAACAGCUUCUAGAUUUUCUAUUGUUUCCAAUUCAGUCUUAAAGAAGAUUUACAAUGGGAAAAGUCUGUAGCUUUGAUAGUAAGGCAGAUAUGCCGUAACAAUUUACUAAACAAUUCCAAAAAAAAAGUCAUUUUACUUCUGACAUUGCCCUUUCUUAAUAAUCAAUUUUUGCUACUUAUCCUUGGUAAUUGUUGAGCCCUGUGGAAGUUUUUGCUCACAGACUGGGCCUGUCCCUUCUCUCAGUUCUGCUGCCAUUUCUUAGCCCUGUAGCCAUUGUUGCUCUUCUAUGCCUCAGCUACCACAACUAAACCCCCAUUACAAGGCUACCCACAUAUCCCUCCCAUGCUACUUGGGAGUGGUCAGAGAUGUUAAACGUGAUAAAUGAGGACUGAACAAUUGCCAUUCUUCUCAUUGCAGACAGAGCGCUAAUAUGGAGGCCUCCUGAGAAAUAUAGGUUUGCUAGAAUGGCACCUCUCAGAAAUACUGCUGUCGGGACAUGUUUACAAUUGCCCUGCAUGGCCUAUUGGCUGAGCUGCCAUUUAAAGGAACUCAUGCUUCAUUUCCGGGCUUAGCAGUUUCCCGGGACAGCAGGCUCUACAGAUAGCAUGAGCUCAGUGUGAUGGGAAAAGGAGUGCCGUGCAUCGUUCUCCCCAUUCCCUUCUUUGUGAUGGAUUUAGGAACAGCAGCCACAGGCACAAAAGGAAAUGGUGUCAAACAGGAAGGAAAAUGACCACAUUAAGGGGAGGGGGAAAUGAUGGAUUUAAUGAUAGCUCAGCUGGUCAAGCCUGGGACAAAGCAAUGCCAUGGUCAGUGAGCAGGGAAAUUGAGAUAUGGACAUCCCUUACUGAAACAUUCCCCUAUUGUUUUCACAUUUUCUUUCAAUGUGUUUCAUUAUCAUUAGGUGGAGUAAUAGUCAUUAGCAUUAUACCAUAUACAGUAGGCUAGGAUAGAGGGACUUAGAAUUAUAAGCCUCUUUAUAAAAUCCCCUCCAUUCUCCAUUUUCUUUCUACCCAUUUCAAACUUCCCCAUAUUUUCUGCCAUUUCUGAUCACGGAAUAGCAUGCAGAAGAGAUGUGUCCAGAGUCUAAAGAGUCUGUAUGCUAUGUCUCUGACACAGUUAAGCUUCCUAAUAGGGAAAGCUCAGCAUAUUCACAAGGAAAUACUCAUGGCUGAUUGGGGAAUUCUGAGAGUGUUAAAGUUGCCAAGUUUGGACACCUCUGCUUUAUGUGGUAUUGCAAAUAUUACAAAUGCUUUAUGCCAGUCUCCUCCUAUAAACCUACAUAAGCUUUAAAAUCCAAUAAUCUUUCUCUAUAGAUCAGAGGUCCCCAACCUUUUGGGCAUUAAGGACCAGUUCCAUGGAGAGAGGUUUUUCCACGGACCAGAGGGGGCAUUGUUUUAUGUGCUGCCUGCAUCCAGCGAAUGGGGCUUCGCUUGUUUACGCGGCCCGGUUUCUGGCAUGCUAGGGACCGGUGCUGGUCCAUAGACCAGGGAUUGAGGACGUCUGCUAUAGACAACUUCUGUCUCAAACCUACUAUCUGAUAUCUUGAUAGCUCUACAAAUUAAUAAAUAUUGAUCUUUGGAGCUAGAUUUCCAUUUACUUUCUGCUUUAGUAAUAGUAAAUGGGGGUCAUGUGAAGGUUGAGCUUCAGACAUUACUACUGUUUUGGAAAUUGUAUUCAACAUUAAGAUUUGGAUUUUCUUAAAAUAAAAUAUAUUGGUAGGUCCUACAUGCCUGAUAUUUUUCUUCUGAAUAAAGUUAAUAGGCACUCUCUGCAUCUUACAGCAGUGCACUAGAAAUGUCAAUCUGUAAUAAUCAAUCUUAUGCUUAUUUUCUCAUACAUAAUUCUGAUCAUGAAGUUGAUAUUUAUCUCAGUUAACACUACAGCAAGUCUAAAUUAACUAAGGGGGACUGAUUUCCCAUCAGACUCACAUUAGGACUGUACCCAUAAUAUUAAAAAGAGAAGCAGUUCUAUUAAAUAAAAUCAAAAGAAAAUGAACAUGAUUUUUGUAUUUUAUUAAAUCAAGAUAUUCUCAAUGAAUAUAAUUGGAGGGGAUAGCCUGAAUUAUUUGACAGGUAGGUAUUUUGUCAGUUGAACAACAACAGCAGCUGCAUAUGAAUCUAACCCCAUUACACAGGAUAUGAGGACACUUUCAGCUGUGGCUUUAAUUCCCACUGAGGGAACAACUGAAUUCACAGUGGAGGGUUAAUUUACAUAGCAUAAGACCAGCAUAUGAAAAUGUCAUGAUGGGAUAAUUCUGUUUGCAUGUGCUCUGAUGAGAGUGAACUGGGCUUAUGUCAUAUGCUGAACUUGCAGAUAAGGAGACUAAAGACAUUUAUCCAGCAAUAUAAGGCUUAGAGCUUUCAACUGUUUCAAAGGUUUGGGUUAAAGCUUAGUAAAUAUAUUGCACUCGUAACCAAAAAUACAUAGUUGUAUAGAGGAAAGUUUGAACUGAGGUAACUCUGCUAAAUCAACAGCCAGGAGACCCCAUGCUCUGCUAAGCCACCAUGUGGUUUGUUUGGGACUUAAUAUUUGUGUGGAUGCAGCCACUGUAAUCUAUAAACCAUGGGUUUAUAUGUUUUUUUAAUUAUUAUGAUUCAGCCAAUAACGUAGUUAAGAAAGAUACAGUAUAUGUAAUCCAGACAAAAAGUACAGGUAAGUAGGACAGCUACAUUUGCACAUUUAAAGUUUAGGAAAAUUCAUUCAAAACUACACUUUAGAUGCCCAAUGGUUAAUCACUGCUAGGACUAUGUAAUCAUUCACUGAAUCUGGCUGCUUGGCCAAAGAUAAAUGAAAAGCAGACCAGGUUACAUCUGACAGCUAAUAGUAAGAGUAUAUUCCUCCUAGGAUAACUGUGGCAUAGAUCUAUUUGCUGCAGUGUAUUAUGAAUACAAGGCAUUUUGGUGAAGUGCAAAUUUGGUAUAGUGCUAAAAUGCUGGCCUAGAACCAGGAGACUGCCUUAGGCAUGAAAACCAAUUGGGUGAAUUUGGGCCAGUCACAGGCUUUCAGCCCAACCCACCUAACAUGAUUAUUCCUGUGGAGAAAAUACAGCAGGAAAAAUUAUGUAUGUUUCUCACUCUGAGUUACUUACAGAGUAAUUAAGGCUAAAUAAAAAAUAAAUGAAUUUGUUCCUGCCACCACAACCAAGAAGGUGUAGCUUAUUCAUUGGUGCAAAAAAGAAACACUAAUCAGAUAGGCUAACAUUAGGUUAAACUUAAUCAGAGUCCCUAAUUACCCAAUGGCUGUCUUCUUGCUCCACAAUGUUUGGAUUUUAAUGUCUACACCAGUGGUUCUCAACCUGUGGGCCGGGACCCUAUUUGGGGUCGAACGACCAUUUCACGAGGGUCGCCAAACAACGCAGUCCGCCAUUUUUUCCCCCUUUUCCUU